AUGCCGUCUCGGAAGAGCGAUCACGGUGCGCUGAGAAAAUACAAGCCGUCGCAACGAGCGCCAGCAUUCUGGGAUAGCCUCUUGAAGAUCUACUUGACAAAAAGCGCGCUGCAAGAAUUAGACCGACGUAACGACAGCCUACUGACCAGCCGAACAAGAACCUCUAGGUCCGACGUCAUUUUUGCCCCUGAUUUCCUUAGCACUCGUACACCAAGCGGUCUGGAGAAGAUCAAACGCCUAUCGCGACACGGGGGUCCUCAUACCACUGAUCUGCGCGAUUAUCCCCCACCUAGCGGUCCGGCAUACACAUUUAUUCCGAAUAGAUCGCACACAAAAGCCAGCAGCCCGCGAGAAACCAUGAGAGAUAUAACAGCCUACAGCCGCAACUUUGAGCAACAUAUCAUCGAUCACGGAAUCUAUCUAGUUGGGUACGGAUACGGUUAUCAUGAUGACACUGAAUCAACAGGGGUAGAAGAGUCAACCGGUCUAGGGGAGCCAGCGGAGCCUCCAGAACCAGCCAAUCUAGAUGAUAUCAGUCAACCGCUAUCUCAACGUCCCCAUUUGCCACUAAACCUCACUCGAAAGGAUUUCCUGGAGUUUAGGCGGGCCUCUCAACGCGCAAAGAAAGAACACCAAGUUCUCAAGGACGUGGUCCCUAUAAUCGAGGGCAAGGCUAGUGACAAGCACCAUUCCAGUGGAAGAUACCCGUUUAAAAAUCUCGCUCCCUUGACGGACGGCACACUGGCUCCAGCCAAGCCCGAUAUUUUCUACGGUGCUUAUCCGCAGCAGCUGAAUCCCCAUGUCCGCAAUGAACUUGAAGAUAAGAUAAUACCAUCUACGGAAAACAGCCUGCCAGCAAUACCCAAUUUCUUCUUCGAAGUUAAAGGUCUGGAUGGAUCUAUGGCAGUGUGUCUUCGGCAAGCGUGCUACGAUGGUGCGCUAGGAGCUAGAGCCAUGCAGGCUUUGCAAUCCUUCCAAGGUAAUCCAGUGUACGACGGGAACGCCUACACAAUUACAGCAACCUUUGGUGGCGGAACGCUCACGCUUUAUGCGCAUCAUCCUGUCGAGCCCAAAAGUCCCGGCGACCGUCCUGAAUACUUUAUGACAGACCUAGGGGCCUGGGCGAUGAACGGUAGUUUUCAAACCUUCGAAGAGGGUGUGAUUGCUUAUCGGAAUGCUCGCCAAUGGGCAAAGGAAAAGCGGAACGAGUUUAUUGCUGCGGCGAAUAACAAGUGGCAGGCAUCUCAAACAUCAAACUCUUCUGAAGAAAUAGCUCCCGGGGUGCCGACAAGGAAAUAA